CUUGUCCUUGCCGCCGCCGCCGCUGACCCGCCAGUGCCAUCGCAUAUAACCACGUCCUGCCAUGAUGGGGAGCGAGUGGCAUCCACGCAGGCACCCGCAGCCAGACCAGAACCACUUCUCCCCGCGCACCCUGCCCAGCUUUGCUGAGCUGACGUCGUCGUCGUCGUCCGACUCGCUGUUGCACCGGCCUCGCGACUCUGUGCCACCUCCGCUCCCUCCACCGCUGCCUCCGCCAUCGCAGCAGCCACAGUCUCUACCCUCCGCAGCCCUCGACCGCCCGGCCUCGCGCUCUACGCCGCCCUCUGCCCAUUCGUCGGCCGACUUUGCAAACCCCCAGCCCGCCCUCGACCGCGCUGCCUUUACCCCCAUCAACCACGCGAGCCCGCACGUCAGCCCCACCAACACCAGAAUUCCCCCAGUCGCCACUCAACACCACCAGAGGUAUUCGCAUUCGUUACCACACACCACCGCCGCCGCCGCCCCAUACAGCCCCCCGCUGUCGUCGGCACCGCCCCAACCCCAACCCCAACCCCUGCACGACACUGCCCAGUCGCAACCAUCAAUUGUCAACGCCCGCCAGGACUCGGCCGUUGCCCAACAUCCCUUCGAUCAUCAAAAGGACUCGGAGCCUUCACUGCCAUCCUCCGUCUUUGCCUUUUCGUAUUUUCACCCGCCCGUCGGCAACCGCCGCCAGUCGACGUCUUCUCGCCCCGUUUGCCAUCCGCCGGGGCCGUCUUCUCCGCACUCUCCCCCUGGCGAGUCCCGCCCCAACCAAAGUCAGCCGCCACCUCCGCCUCCGCCAGCAGAAAGCGGCCUGCGAAACGUCCACUCUUCAGCACCGCCGCCCGCUGCAGAGCCCGCGAGGUCGCCCCAGCAGGCGCGAGGCUCUCUCGCAACCGCCAACACAGAUACGGCCUUUAGGAACCCCCUGCCUUCUCCCACGCUUGACCAGACCAACGGCAGUGGGCGACAUUCCCGCUACAACGUCCGAUUUAACACAGUCUACACUUCAGAAAACAUGCCGCCAAGCCAGAAGCCCCGGAACGACCCCCCGCCCGCGGUGCCCCCAGCGGCAGAGCCAAGCGAGGAGCAAACAGCGACGUCGGACCAGAGUGUCACGCCGUCGGUAGAGCCCGUGACGCCUUCAGCCAUGGUUCCUGUACAGUCGCCUGAAGAGCAGCCGCAGCCGCAGCAGCAAAAGGACCCUCAAUUAGAGCGGUGUCCGGGGUGCCAGGAGCCCUGGAGGCGGCCGCUACCUGGCGAGGACCAGUUUCGGCUAAGUUCGCCAGCACAGAACAUGGGCGAGCAGCUGGCCCUGACACAGGAUUUCAUCAAGCGGCUCGAGAACCACGCCAAGUUUGCUGAUGAAGCAUACCUCACCUGGAAGCGGAAACACCGGUGGUGCGUGCCCCAGACAAACAGCCCGUCUGCUACCGAAGCGCCGGCAGCAGACACGCGCAGCAAGAGCGAGGAGGGCCAUUCUCCCACCGAGGCGACGCCAGCCUUGACCGUGUCGGCCAAGCGCAAGUCGGAAGUGCCGCAUGAAGCGUCCAAACACCGCAAAUUCACAAACUUCGAAUCUCAAUCUAAUGCCACGCCGCCCGUCCGUCCUACUGCGCCAGCGUAAUCACGAACGGCUUGUAUCACGCCCCAUCUACGACCCUUCUUCAUUGGACUAAAGUCUUCGUUCCGUUCGCAUCCGCAUCUGCAUCUAGGUUGGUGUUCGUGUCUGCAAAAAGAAAAAAGAGAUGGCCUCUGCUAUACCCCCCCAAAUCCGGGGGUCGUCUCACUUUUUUUUUUUGCUGUGGGACAUUUAUUGUUGGCAUUUGGCACACAAGUUAUAUCUUUUUUUUUUCUCGUUUCACUUUAUACUUUAUUUUGUAUGUUGAUUGACCAGGUACAUUGCUACAGAGGGAUUCCGCAAAGAGACGGACAGGAAAAGGAUAUCUAGGCGUUGUCAUUCUUAAUGGUGUUUCCCUUGCCAAGGGGGGUUUAUUUCACCGUCACUAUGGUCUGGAACAUGAGCGGCAUCCGCGGCGGCGCUUGCACACGCCCCCGAAUCGGUGGGCUCCACGACGCCAUGUAUCCGACGCUGUAUGCAACCAUUGCUUCGCCUGUGUGGUUUC